UUGAAAGAAAGAAGCACUAUGAUUCUCCAUGAUUCGAUGAAAUCGCCGAGAGAGCUCCGGUUUGCUGUAGAAUUGGAGAACAUAUUUAAGAGCCAAGUUUUCUUAUCGCAUCUCUCUUCUUCUCUUGUCAUUGCAUCUAGGAGUCUUCUGCGCUUCUUUAAUAUACCAUUAUGAAGACUACUCUGGUCAGCCUGCUGGCUUUGGCGGGAACGGCCCUGGCACACGCCCAUCACGACGAUGCCGAAGUUGUACCGGAGAGUUUGCGAGAAGAACUGCUGAAGAAAUGGGACCAGGAGUUUACAUUUUCCGGCAUUGCCAGCUUCGCCCACUUGAAACCCGUCAAGUGUCUAGUCGAGCCCGAUGAGCGCUACGAUAUCGCCGUGAUAGGCGCGCCCUUCGACACAGCCGUCAGCUACAGACCUGGCGCCCGCUUCGGUCCGCGUGCGAUUCGCGCCGCCAGCGCCCGCCAGAUGGCUGGCACCAGCUACAACACACGCGCAGGCAUCAACCCCUACAGCUCCUGGUCGACAGUGAAGGACUGCGGCGACAUCCCGGUCACCCCCUUUGACAACGGCCUGGCCGAACGCCAGAUGUACGAAGCCUUCCUGGAACUGGGGUCCCGGCCAGCCGUGACGCCCGCGGACUCCAAGUACGGCGCCAAGGGCAUCUCCGCCGGCAAGCCGAAGCUGGUGACACUGGGCGGCGACCACAGUAUUGCGCUGCCGGCUCUGCGCGCCCUGUACCAGAUCUACCAGAAGCCCAUCACGGUGUUGCACUUUGACGCGCACCUUGACACCUGGAAUCCGAUCCGGUACUCGGCCUACUGGACAUCGGAACAGUCGCACUUCAACCACGGGUUCAUGCGCAUCCACGCCGAUGACAUCGACGAGCUGGGCCCCAUGGGCAUCGUGGACAAGAUCGUCGAGCGCAUUGGCCUCGACCCGGAACAGCCCGUUUACUUGUCCGUCGACAUCGAUCCGGGCGGCUGGACCACCCGCGAGUUCAUCCGCAUCCUGCGCGGCAUCGAGAAGCUGAACAUCGUCGGCGCGGAUAUCGUCGAGGUCUCCCCCAGCUACGAUAACAAGGGCGAGACCACCGCUCUGGCAGCGGCGCAGGUCGCCUUUGAGAUUAUCACCAGUAUCGUCAAGGCCGGCGCGGGCGAGGAUCUCGGCGGUUGGUACGGACGCAAGGCUGACGAUAAGGUAUCUGCGGAGGAGAUUGUCAAGGAAGAGACGAAGGACGAAUUAUAGCGAUCAGGGAAUGCACCUCUGACAGUGGCCGAGGGGACGUCGCCAGUCCAGCAAUCCUGCACGAGACUGGAAGUCCAUAGAGCGCCCCUUGAUCACAUGACACAGUUGAAUGAAGUUAACGACCCUAUUUCAUUUGCUCUUCGCUUUCUAGUAGCUCCAAACCUACGGCACACCACUUAGGCAUUGGAAAGAUCAAUGCCCACGUACAAGUCGACCAAGCCUAUCCGUGAACGCGGAGGCUAAGUAGAGUAACGCAGCGCAAAAGGAAUUCACCCAGCUCAUGUCAUUUGCUUAAUUGUAUCUGUCGUCUGUACUGCUCUAGUUCCAUGUGUCUUGCGAAAAUCAUAAUAAAGCGU